UUCUACUUGCCCAAUUUCUUUUAAGAAACCUAGGGAUUUCCAACUUCUCAGUUUCUUUCCUUUCUAAUUGGAGUUUUCCCCCCUGCUUGGUUGUCAGGGAUCCGGCUAUUUAUCAAUCUCUCGAUACUACAGCCUUCUAGGGUUCUUAAUUUAUCAUGAGUUAUGAUGUCUUUGAGAAAGAAGAGCAAAGCAAUCACCCAUGGUGGCCGAGUGCAGAACAAUUUUGAUCAGUCUCUUCCAUGUCUUCCUGAGGAACUUAUAGUCGAAAAUAUUCUGAUGAGAUCAUCAGGUCGGACUCUAGCACUAUGCAGCUGCGUGAGUAAGUUAUCGUACAAUUCAAUUUAUAAUGAUACAAGAUUUGCUACCUCUCAUUACAUUCAUAAUCAAAAUAAAUUAAAUCUCUUCUUUAGUCUCCUUAAACCGGUAGAUGCUAGUGACAACGAGAAGUUGGCUUACAUUCUCUGUCUGGAAACAGAAAAGAAGGAUAACGAUGUUUUCAGGUUUAGAACUUAUGCAGAGCAAGGUGGGACUGGCACAACUGAACUAGUAGGUUAUUGUAAUGGUUUAGCAUGUUUUAAACUAGGGAAUGAAGAAGCUGUAAGUGUAGUAGUAGUAGUAAUUAAUCCGACCAGGGGUGAACGAAUUGGUCUGUACUAUCCCAACGAUUCGGAAUUCUUCUUGUUGUUGUUGUAAAGUUCAUACGUAUAUGUUAAAAGACAAGGAAGAAUGGAUCAAGGGGGAGACAUUCGAUAUUCAAAUUAAGGAUCGGGAAGGUUUGCUGCCGGAUACCUUCCGUUGUUGCACUGACGCUAUUACUACUUCUACUGCCAUCACCCUUCCUACACGCCUAUUGACUUUUUCCGAUCAGGUGCUAUUGUAUUGGUUUGACGGGGACUGUCUUGUGUUCUACAAUUUGCAAACAAAACAUCUCAAGGUGGUAAAGGGCGCCCCAGCAACCCUUGGGAUUCAAGAUGAUGAUAAUAUGUACUGCACAUACAUGGAUUAUCAGCUGCACGCUCAAGUGGAGAACUUCCAGUCUCUGAAAACCUUCAUUCCUGUAGAAAAAUCUUUUAAAUUUAAAGGUUUUGCUGAUAUUUGCCAGUUCAUUACAAAAAAGAAGCUUGAAGCAGGUACCCUGAUCACCGGAAGAGAGAAGUUAACUUAUAAGUCAACCUCAGUAACUUGUCAGGUUUUGGAUCAUUUCACAUUGAUUAUUUGUUUGAAUGAGAGCAAUCUCAGUGUUCUGUUUUUUGGGAUGUCGUAUAGAAGCGUCUUGAGGAUGAUAAGAACAGUUGCAAGUUCUGAAGGGAUCUUGAAUUCCUGUAAUGUUAAUGGUGUUAAGGUAAUCCAGCUUCUCUGCUUUGGAUGUGAUUCUUGA